AAGUUAUUGGUUCACAAUGGAGGUGGAAAACCGAAUACUCCUGAAAGAGAACGGCAGAAUGUUUGAUGAAAACCGAAACCUGAAAUUGGAAAAUCAGAAACUUAAAAAUCGAUUUCAAUUGUUUACAAAUAAACUAGAAAACUUGUUAGACGAGCUAAAAUCUGAAACGGGUUUGGCAUAUACGGGGAAAUCUCCGCGGAUUUUUCUUGCUGGAGAUUCCACAGAUCAAACUCAGGUUAAAGAAGAAGAGACUGUAAGUACUGAUCCUACUGAAGAUAUGAUAGAAGAACCUUCACAUCUAAUGAAUCCAUCAAAUCUGAGUGAUCCUUCACAACUGUUUAAUCCUUCGCCUAUAAUUUCUCCCCUACACCUGGUUGAUCCUACGGAAAUGAUAAAUCCUACAAAGAUUCUAAAGAUCGAACAUUUUGCUGAUCCUGAAGAUACAGCUGAUCCCUCUGAUCCUGUGGAUCCAUCGGAUGAUCCUACCAACGAUCUUGAUUUCCCUGGAGAUGAAGAUUACCAGGAGGUUGUGGAGUUUCCAACUCUAGCAGGAAAUGUGGAGGAAGGAACAGAUCAGUUUUAUCAACAAGAAGAUUUUCAGCAAAAUACAUUUGAAGGAAAGGAAGCUUUUAUGUGUGAUAAAUGCGCGUACUUUGCUUUGGACAAAUCCACGCUGAAACGUCACAAAUCAAUCGUACAUUCUGGAAACAAGAUGCUGGUCUGCGAUUUCUGCAACUUUCUGGCCACCACUCAAUCUGCUCUCAACAAUCACAAGAAAACUAAACAUCCAAUACUUACAUUUUCAUGUCCUAGAUGCGCUUUUACUGGGAAAAAUAACGCGGAACUGCGCCGGCACGUGAAGAGGGUUCAUCAAAAGUGCGGAAUUCCGUUCUCGUGUGAUGAAUGUGGAAAUGUUUUUGCUAGUCAUAAGCGGUUGGGUUUACACAAACAAGUGGAGCAUAAUCUUGUCAGGUUUCCUUGUGACGAGUGUGAUUAUAUUGCAGGGGACAGUUAUAAUCUGGGUCGACACCAUAGACGCAAACAUCAGAACAUUACUCUCCCAUGUGAUCAAUGCGAGUAUGUGGCGAGAGAUGAACAUGCACUUAAGCAUCACAAGAAAAGCAAACAUUAUAAAUUCUAUUUUUAAGUUUUUUCGAUGGUCUAAACGGAAAAGGCUAAUAAUAACUUCCUAAAAUUAGUUCUUUUUCUUAAUAUUGGUUUUAAUAUGCAUUAGUGAUU